AUGGAAUAAUUAUAUCAUCGAGAUCCCACAUAUUAAGAAUAGGAAAAAAAAAGAGAGCAACUCCUAAAUAAGUUGCCACAACCCAAUUUAAGUGCAAAUUUAGACGAAUUGAUUAACAACUCAAUUCAGCUCUCAUCAAAAGGAAGUUCAGAUUUUUUUAUCAGUAAAAAACUCAAAAGCGCUAGAGAAAAACCUGACAGCGAAGAACUUAUGCAAAAAUUAUUGAGGAAAUUUGAAAUUGAAGAGUAUGGCACCAAUUUUACCAAAGAUGUCUAUGACCCAAAGAAGAUAGGCGAUGACUCUGUGGUGGAUGAUAAAAAAGUACUUAGAUAUACUGUUCCUAAUAGUUUUACACAUUCAAAUAGAUGAAUAGGAUGUAAAUAAAUAUAUUAAUCAAUAUUAUAAUUAUCUA